AGUCUUAUGUGCCAAUGCUCGGUUCGAUCGCCUCUGCCGAGAGCGCCCGUGGCAUUGUGUUUCUCAAAUCCGAAACUAUGCCGAAGGAUUACCUAACGUCCGCCGAUGUCGGUUGAGCAGCCAUGACAUUUUUCUAGAAGCCUACUUCUGCCUUGAAGAAUUAUGGGUCCGAAAGAACGGUCGGGGCUCGAGACGAGUGAUGGGCGAGGCGAUUCUGGGAUUCGGGCAAUGGAUUAACGCCCUAUAAAGCCAGCUCUCUCGCCCUCAAGACCCGAGUCUGAGUGGCGACGUCAUUGACUUUUUUUUCUCCCUGAAACACUGCUCUACCUAUUCGUGUAUACAGCCACCAACAUCAUCAUGCCUAUGGCAACAGCAGCUACAAGCCUGCGGCAGGCUCUCGCGGACCCUGAGGCAUUCGUCGUCGCUCCCGGAGUGUAUGACGGUUUCUCCGCUCGCAUUGCUCUCGGGGCAGGCUUCAAUGCCCUCUACAUGACGGGUGCCGGUACGGCUGCCUCCGUCCACGGCCAUGCGGAUCUGGGUAUUUGCACCCUCAACGACAUGCGCGCCAAUGCGGAAAUGAUCUCCAAUCUUUCCCCCACCACGCCCGUCAUUGCCGAUGCAGACACCGGAUAUGGCGGCCCGAUCAUGGUUGCUCGCACGACCGAACAAUACUCGCGCUCUGGAGUUGCCGCCUUUCACAUCGAGGACCAGGUUCAGACGAAACGCUGCGGCCAUCUCGGAGGCAAGAUUCUCGUGGAUCAAGACACCUAUGUGACGCGAAUUCGCGCCGCCGUGCAGGCUCGUCAGCGGAUCGGUAGCGACAUCGUGGUGAUCGCGCGAACGGAUGCCCUGCAGGUGCGCGGCUACGAGGAAAGUGUGGCACGACUGCGGGCGGCGCGCGACGCUGGGGCAGAUGUAGGGUUCCUCGAGGGCAUCACAUCUAAGGAAAUGGCUCGACAGGUGGUGCAGGACCUGGCGGGGUGGCCACUGCUUUUGAACAUGGUUGAGCAUGGAGCGACACCGGACAUCACGGCGCAGGAAGCCAAGGAGAUGGGAUUCCGGAUUAUUAUCUUCCCUUUCGCAGCCAUUGGUCCAGCUUAUAAGGCCAUGCAGGAGGCGAUGGAAAAGCUCAAGAGGGAUGGCAUCCCAGGAUUGAGCAAGGACAUGACCCCACAGAUGCUGUUCCGUGUUUGCGGGCUCGACGAGAGUAUGAAGGUGGACGCCGAGGCGGGCGGCGCUGCCUUCGACGGAGGGGUUGAGCUGCAGAAGUAGAUCGUCGCCUUCAAGCUAUGUCUGUCAUGAUUACUGUAUUCUAGAGAUCUGUUAACAACGUCAAUGUAAAUAUUGUAUAAAUUUAUGGAACGAAAUGACUGUUGCGGUGAAAUGCUGAGCCUUGAUUGGGAAGGCCAAAACACUACCUUAGUCAAUUAGACUCACUGUAACUAAGCCAAACAACCUUGGAGUUCGUCCGGCAACCCGCCGGCAGUGCUUGGAGUCUCUUUCCGGGCACCAAGUCACCUGACACGGGAUGGAGGGGGAAGAUCGCACAAGAGCUGACGAGUCGCUCUCCUUGACAGGAAUAGCAUCAUCUCAAACCAGGCAGGCAACACUCUAAAUUUGGAGGCUCCCAACUCCAGAAAAAAAAAGGAGUGUUCGGCAGCAUGCUAUUCAUGAUAUGGUCUAGUGU